AAGUCUUCACUCUCACAAACAACCCAUUCUCCAAAUCCCAAACCCACCUUCCUCCCUCAACGCACCCCGCGCACGUUAGCAAAAAAACAGAAAAAAAUGGCCGCGACCACAGCCGCCGCAGCUACAUCCUCCUUCAUCGGAACGCGCCUCCACGAGGCGUGCUACUCAAACGCCGGCCGAGUCCAGGCCCGGUUCGGGUUCGGGAAGAAGAAGAGCCCAGCUAAGAAGUCGGUGAAGCGCAGCCCGGACCGGCCACUGUGGUACCCGGGAGCCACGGCCCCAGAGUGGCUGGACGGGAGCCUGGUUGGCGACUACGGGUUCGACCCAUUUGGGCUCGGAAAGCCGGCGGAGUACUUGCAGUUCGAGCUGGACUCGCUGGACCAGAACCUGGCGAAGAACGAGGCGGGAAUUAUCAUCGGUACGAGGACGGAGUUUUCGGACGUGAAGUCAACGCCGUUCCAGCCGUACAGCGAGGUGUUUGGGCUGCAGAGGUUCAGAGAGUGCGAACUCAUUCACGGGAGGUGGGCCAUGCUGGCCACUCUCGGCGCUCUCACCGUCGAGUGGCUCACUGGUGUCACCUGGCAAGACGCCGGCAAGGUGGAGCUAGUGGAAGGAUCAUCAUACCUCGGACAACCACUCCCAUUCUCCAUCACCACACUCAUUUGGAUUGAGGUUCUAGUGAUUGGAUACAUUGAGUUCCAGAGGAACGCUGAGCUUGACCCUGAGAAGAGGCUUUACCCUGGUGGCAAGUUCUUUGACCCAUUGGGCCUAGCCUCUGACCCAGAGAAGAAGGCCACCCUUCAACUGGCUGAGAUCAAGCACGCCCGUCUGGCCAUGGUUGCCUUCUUGGGCUUUGCCGUCCAGGCCGCCGUCACUGGAAAAGGCCCACUCAACAACUGGGCCACCCACUUGAGUGACCCUCUCCACACCACUAUUAUCGAUACAUUCACCUCCUCUUGAGCUACUAUUGCGAAUCUUUGUAACCCUUUUUUUAAGAAUGUAAACAAUAUUUAGCUGAAUUACUAUCUCCAUUUGUCUUGUAAAGAUGAUGAAAGGAGAACUAUCGACUAUGGGACAACAUGUGAGCUUGCCUACUUGUUAAUGGGAUUAUGGGACAGAGGUGGUGGGUACUUGAAGCCUCUCUUGGCCACUUUGAAAUUGGACAUAAAUCGGGAGAAAAAUAUAUAAGGUAUAAUUACAAAA